AGGAGGACGGGCAGGAUAAAUACCCCCUCGCCCAGACAUCUUUACACCAGUCCCAGCGAAGACCAAGAGCCCAGAAAGUUUCCUGUGGGAAUCAGAGAAGAAAUACAAGGCAGCAGAGAAGACGGCAUGAGGUCCCUGGCACUGCUCCUGGUGGUGGCGCUGGCCAUUGCAGUCGCCUUCGCUUACGACUCAAAUGAAAGCCACGAGUCCAACGAGCGAUACGAUUUGUUUCUUAACUCAAGAAGAGCCAACUCCUUCCUGCCGUCCCAGCACCGGAACGCGCGGAUGAACGAGAGAAUCCGUGAGCGCGCCAAGAGUCCCCGCGAGCGCCAGCGUGAGACCUGCGAGGACUACGACCCCUGUGAGCGCUACGCUCUGAGGCACGGCUGGGCUGCUGCUUACAAGCGAUACUAUGGAAAGCGCAUGGGCCAGAAGUGAAUGGAUCCAUGAGCCCUUCUGUGCAUGUGAGGCGAUGCUGGGGCCCCGGGCCCCUGGGAUAUACUUGGGCGGCUCAGACAUUGCUCUGGAUCUUUUCUUUCUUUGUGUACAUUUUCUGCUCUUUUCACAUACAGUUAUAUAUGUGGGGUGGGGGGGGGGGUGGGGGGGGUGCAGGGCGGUCUCCGGUAGA